GUUGCGGUGUUGGUUCUGAUGAGAGACUGGAAAAAAGGAGCUAAGCUUCUUCGACACAUUUCGCGCAUUGAGAUCGAUCGAUCGAUCGAAUCAAGUGUUCGAGCUUCUUCUCAGGUACGCUCGGUUCAGUCUCCUCGCGUUCUUUCUACUCCGAGUGACCCGUUCUUUGAUUCAUUCUUAGAGGCAUUGUUCUGGUGAUCGAUUUUCGGCCUGAAAUUUGCUUCAUUCGUUGGUUCUUUUGAUCAAGUUUCUGAGGUUAAAAACAUUGGUGCUUAAUUUGCUCUUCCAUUGAUGCUCUGUGAUGAAGAACAUUGACUAUCUAUACUGAAGAAAAGAUGGACAGCAGUGUAAGCAGCAGAAAUGAUCGGCAGGCUGAAAAUUUAGAGGACUCUUGGUGCAGCAAAUUCUACAAUGGCCCCAAUCCUUGGUUGGCCAGAUAUAUCUAUGGCGUGUUGUUUCUCAUUACCAACCUACUUGCAUGGGCUGUCCGCGACUAUGGUCCCCAUGCCUUGGCUGAGAUGGAGAGAUUAGAUAUAUGCCAAGGUGAACGAGACUGCGUGGGUGCUGAUGGAGUACUGCGUGUGAGCCUGGGAUGCUUUACGUUCUAUUUCAUUAUGUUCCUUUCAACGGCUGGUACUUCAAAGUUGCAUGAUCAUAGAGAACUCUGGCACUCCAGAUGGUGGUCUGCAAAGAUUAUCCUCUGGAUUGCCUUGAUGAUAAUCCCAUUUUUCAUUCCUUUCUCCUUGAUUCAAAUCUAUGGGGAGGUUGCACACUUCGGUGCCGGGGUUUUUCUCCUAAUUCAGCUGAUAAGUGUAAUCAGUUUCAUUAGAUGGCUGAAUGACUGUUGUCAGUCUGACAAAUAUGGAUGCCAUUUCCAUGUCAUGCUACUUGCAACUAUUGCAUAUGUUGUAUGCUUAGUGGGGAUCAUUUUGAUGUACAUUUGGUAUGCACCAGAAGCGUCUUGUCUUCUUAACAUUUUCUUCAUUACCUGGACGUUGGUACUACUCCAACUCAUGACUAGCGUCUCUCUUCACCCCAAAGUGAAUGCUGGCUUCUUGACUCCUGGGCUUAUGGGGCUUUAUGUGGUGUUCAUUUGCUGGAGUGCCAUUAGAAGUGAGCCUCCAGAGGAAAGAUGCGACAAGAAGGCGGAAGCUGCAACCAAAGCAGAUUGGCUUACCAUCAUAAGCUUUAUUAUUGCACUACUUGCAAUGGUUAUUGCGACAUUCUCAACGGGCAUUGAUUCCCAAUGCUUUCAGGUGCAGUUUAGGAAAGAUGACAUGCGAGCUGAACAUGACGUUCCAUACGGGUAUGGAUUCUUCCAUUUUGUCUUUGCCAUGGGAUCUAUGUAUCUGGCGAUGCUGCUGAUUAGUUGGAACACAAAUCAUGCUAUGAGAAAGUGGACAAUUGAUGUUGGUUGGACCAGUACCUGGGUCAGAGUAGUGAAUGAAUGGCUGGCAGCCUGUGUUUACAUUUGGAUGCUCAUCGCACCAAUCGUGUGGAAGAGCAGACAGACGGUUGAACCUGUUUAAGAAGUUUAGGCCUUCAAUUCUUUCAAAUUGACCACGUUCAUACAGUGAGCAGAUGGAUCACCUCCAUAUUAAGCGUAAGGGACUAUCUGCAGCAUACUCGAAGACUUCCAUACCAAAGGGAUUGGUGUUUAUAGAUUUGUAAUCUUCCUGAUUUGUUCACCAGCCCCAAUCAGCAUAAAGAAAUCAGAAAUUACAUAUGCAGAAGUAUAAGAUGAAGAUGAUAUCUAUUUCUGUACACUAUUUGUAGAAGUGGAUUUUAUAAUUUGUAAAUGUACUGCUGUAGGAACAAAUUAUAGUAUGAAGAGCAUAAUUUUUGUUGUCCUUGCUAACUCGUCAAUGGAGAUAAAUUUUGGGCUUGAGAUUACACUUUAA